AUGUCUAUCCGACUCGUCACCUUUGACGCUCUCUUCACGCUAAUAAACCUCAGAGAACCCGUCCACGUCCAAUAUGCACGCGCAUUCAAGCCCUUCCUUGGUGAGCUCGACCCCGACGCUGUGAAGUCCUCUUUCAAAACAGCACUGGCGGCGCUGAAGAAGGAACGACCGGCAUACGACAAGGGCAGCAAUGGGUGGUGGUCAGAGGUGAUACGCAGGACGGCAUUGGGCGCAAAGGCUGAUUCUGCUGCUCUGGACAAGUCUUUGGAGGAUAUCGUACACGCACUUAUGCACCGAUUCAGCUCACGGGAAGGAUACAAGGCGUAUGACGAUGCUAUUCCCCUUCUUGAAGAGCUGCAUUCUCGUAACAUCCGAACGGCUGUCAUUAGCAACUCGGAUUCACGAACUCGAUCUGUGCUCCAUGACCUCGGGUUUCCCAAAUAUCUGGAUCCGAUUAUUCUGAGCGAAGAAGAGGGUGUUGAGAAGCCGUCCAAGGCGAUAUUUAUCCGGACAUUGGAGGCAGUUAAUCAAAAUACGGAUCCGCCAAUAGAGCUGGGUGAAUGCCUUCACAUUGGAGACGAGCUGGAAUGUGACUACUACGGCGGGCGUGAAGCUGGGAUGGAAAGUUUGUUGGUUCGAGGGGAGCAAGUGAAUCAAGUACUGCCAUGGAUAGAUCGUCGUAAACAUAGAGUAUAA